ACAAUCACUGUUUAACUCACCAGCAGGUAGCGCUGCUUUGCGCGCAGUGACCCGACAAGGAAAAAAGUUUGAGUGCUGAGAUUUAACGCUUGCGCAGAACAGGUUGCUCGGCCAGUUCCUCUGGUUCACUUACCUGAGAGGUACACUAGUUUCGGUUAAAAACAGAAAGGAAGAGCAGACGCCGGGGUCACGCGCCAUCAUUCAACCGAACUCGGACUCCGCUAAGCGAGAGAAAGAAAAGUUCAGUAAAAGCGUAAAUAUAUUGAGAUAAGGAUUAAACGCGUGAAAGGACUCUGGGAGUAUUUCGUUGUGUCUCUGCGGGCGGCAGGUGUGCUCGUGUAUUCUCUCCCGCACGGCACUAUAUUCCUUUGAGGUAAGCGAAGGAGCUCGUGACAGGUCUCGACUUUUCCCCCGCCGCAUUACACACGCUUAUUCCGGUAGACGCCACCGUCACGGAACGCCCGUAAAACAGCUGGAUGCCUGCCGAGUGUCGCCGUUAGCAGUCCGGUGCCGUUUUCCCUGGUUGAGAAAAGCGUCGUCUGGUCCCCCGUGGGGAAAAGAUGAUGGGCUUUCUGCGCAGGACGUUUAGCCGUCGGUCAAAGAGACGUUUUCGGACGUCAGACGAGCCUGACGGGACCGGCAGAAGCGGAAAUGCGAUGCUUCAGGCGCACCAGCAGCAGGUGAUUCACGCGCCGACUGUUGUGACCGGGGGAGCCGUGGUCCACAUCCCCGCAGCGGGCAACAGCAAAGACGCCAUCACAUGCAGAGUCCUGCUGCUGGACGGAUCGGAUGUCAGUGUGGAGUUACCGAAACACUCCAGGGGACAGGAUCUGUUUGAUCAGAUUAUGUAUCAUUUGGAUCUGGUGGAGGCUGAUUACUUUGGCCUGCAGUUCAUGGACCUAGAGCAGGUUGCGCACUGGUUGGAUGCAACCAAGCCCAUAAAGAAGCAGAUUAGACAUGGACCUCCGUACAGAUUGUUUUUCAGGGUUAAGUUCUAUUCAUCGGAGCCCAAUAACCUUCACGAAGAGUUUACCAGGUAUCUCUUUGUACUGCAGCUUAGACAAGACAUACUGUCCGGCAAGUUAAAAUGUCCGUAUGAUGUGUCUGUGGAGCUUGGGGCGUAUUGUCUACAGAGUGAACUUGGGGAUUGUGACCCAUUAGAACACUCAGUUGUUUUGAUUUCCGAGUUUCGUUUUUCACCCAAACAGACAGAAAUUAUGGAGGCGGACAUCUUUCGCAAAUGGGUAGAGUAUAGGGGAAUGAGUCCAUCUCAAGCAGAGCUGAACUUUCUCAAUAAGUGCAAGUGGCUGGAGAUGUAUGGAGUGGAUAUGCACUUUGUGAAGGGACGGGAUGGAGGAGAAUACGCCCUGGGACUCACGCCAACCGGAAUCUUAGUGUUCGAGGGUUCUAGCAAAAUUGGUCUCUUCUUUUGGCCAAAAAUAACCCGUCUUGACUUCAAAAAGAACAGACUGACUCUGGUAGUGGUGGAAGAUGACGAAAAGGGCCGAGAGCAGGAGCACACUUUUGUGUUCCAGCUGUCGAGUUCUCGGGAAUGCAAGCACUUAUGGAAGUGCGCGGUGGAAAGCCACGCCUUCUUCCGGCUCCGACAACCAACCCAUAGCAGGAACAGCCGCAGCGACUUCACACGACUCGGCUCCCGCUUUAGGUUCAGUGGAAGGACUGAAUAUCAGGCCACACACAGUGGUAAAGUCAGGAGAGCGAGCACUUUUGAGAGAAGGCCAAGUAAGAGAUACCCAUCACGAGCACAGUCAUUGGGCAAGGCCAUCACUCCAGCGAAACAUCCACAUCUAAGCGCUCAAGCCAGCCCACGCUCACAACAGUAUACACACAACAUUCCAAUUGCACAGGAACCCUGGCAAAGAUCACAUCCGUCUAGUUUAACCCACCCUCUAUAUGUACAGCCGAUGGAGUUGGGCCAUGUUCCACCACCACACAGUUUUCCUUUAAGCAGCGCAGACACUCGGAGGUUCAGUGUUGAAGAAAAUGAAGCUCCGCUCCUCUCUGGGAAAAUACAUCGCUGCGUCCAUCACCAUGGAUACGAAAAACCGGAAGCGUUAUGCAUCACGACAGCCAAACCUAAAGCUUGGGUUGUGUCUCCUGGACGGACAGAUGAGCUGGAUCGAGCUUUACACAGUCAGCAUCAGCUGGAAGCAGAACCUGCACCUUGGCCAUCCCUUCACAUCAACAUAGACAUGGCAGAAGAAAAACCUCUUUCUGAGAAAAGUCUUCCUUCCUCCCCUGCGGUUUUACAAGAGCGUCUCAAGAGCAACAUCUCCAAACGUACCACCCAAAGUGAUAGUGGAACCUCAAAGGGGAACUCUUCAAGUGGAGACCAAACUGACAGGUAUCCCAGCUCAUCGCAGGAUUCGGGAUCAAGCAGUCUGAAUAUAGAGAAGCCAAAAGUAGACCGCCGCAAACGCCUCGUCCGACAGUUCAGCUUUAACCAUAGUGAUGAAGAUGACCUCCCAGAAGCACUUGCAGCCAUCUCUUCCCAGAGCAGUAUGGGAAAGACUACAUCAAACAGCUCCUUGGACAAACAGGUCCAGCCACCAAUAUAUCCACCGCAGAAGGAUGCUCAACGGUUAGAGCAUUCUCCACUGUUGUGCCCAAAUCCUGUACCUCACCUGCUACCCUAUACCACACACACACAAAGCUCUGAAGACCUGCGGGUGGAUAGAGAAAAACUACUGAGGGCUCUUUUAAUGACCGAACUCUGAGACGGCACGUACGCUCAUAACACAACUGCUUACAGACAACAAGACUAAACUGGACUAAAGAGCCCUUAACUCGAUGCACUAAUUUACACACUACUUGGAUCUGUAACAAACCUCGAUGAUAGAAGAGCUAUUCUAACAUUAUGCCAAUAUCACAAAGCGAUGUUUAAAGCCUUCACAGAAACAUUUGUGACCCUGCCUAUGAAAAUUAAGCUAAAGUAAUUUUUGUUAUAUAGUGUUUUCUGCGUAAAAUCUUCUAUAUUCUAAUAUUUUUGACCGUGUAAGGUCAUGUCAAAGAUUAAAAUCAAUGAGUAAAAACUAAUUCGAUUAUGAGACUUCAGCCUGGUUUCUUGGGCAGGGUCAUAUUUGUGCACAUGUGUGUUUUUCUUAAUAGCAUGGCAGUGCCCCUGUAAACUGUAUCAUGACAUAAAGUCUUUAUACUUAUUUUUCUCUGAAUGUUUUACAAUGUAUGUUUAUAAUUUUCUGAGGUUUGAUGUUGAAAGGACACAGUUUGUUCAAAUGGGUCAGCGCAUAGGCCUGUAUUUUUGGCAGUGUUCAGAAUAGCAUUAUGUGUGUAUACUUCUCACAGUUUUCCACUUUUCUGCAUGUAUGUAAUCUGAAUAACCAACAUAAUUUGCCAAAAAAUUUAAUUUACACUGUAUCCCAUAGAGACAAAAGUCAUUUAUGAUUAAGCAGGGUGUAUAGGCCUAUUUUUUGAGGUCACGAGGUCAACAUUAUAUUAGGUCAUGUAACAAUUUGCACACGAAUGUUUCACAUAUGUAUUUUGUCAUGACGUAGGCUACUGGCCGUUUCUCAAACGGAAGACUGCAUCAUAUGAAGGUCGCAUAUGCAGGCUGCAUACGUAAUCAAGCCUGGUUUAUUUCCGUUAACUGCGGGCAUUACAUUCGCAAGUCAUAGCAUAUUGCAACAAUUUACGAUUAAUGAAGAAUAAUGGUCAACUUUAUAAUGGUUAAUAUUCAGAAAUAAUUUAAUUUAAUUAUAAUUAAUUUCGAACUGAGAAGAGAAAAACAAAAACCUUUUAAAACACACAAAUAAUUAUCGAAUAAACAAAACAAAAUUUACAUAAUACUCAACUCUUUCGAAAAGGGAUAGGAAGAAGCCCUGGGCUUAUCAAAUCCUAUCCCCAAUAAACUCACAUCAAACAAUAUAAAU